UCUCCUGCCCCCCCCCAGGUUGGGAAUUACAAGCGCACGGUGAAGCGCAUAGACGAUGGGCACCGACUGUGCAGCGACCUCAUGAGCUGCAUCCACGAGCGCGCGCGGAUCGAGAAGGCCUACUCCCAGCAGCUCACGGAGUGGGCCAGGCGCUGGCGGCAGCUCGUUGAGAAAGGGCCCCAGUACGGCACGCUGGAGAGGGCCUGGACCGCGGUGAUGACUGAGGCGGAGAAGGUGAGCGACCUGCACAUGGAGGUCAAGGGCGCCCUGAUGAACGAGGACUUCGAGAAAGUCAAGAACUGGCAGAAGGAGGCCUACCACAAGCAGAUGAUCGGGGGGUUUAAAGAGACAAAGGAAGCCGACGAUGGGUUUCGCAAGGCCCAGAAGCCCUGGGCAAAGAAACUGAAAGAGGUAGAAGCUACCAAGAAGGCAUAUCACUCCGCCUGCAAAGAAGAGAAGCUGGCAACAACGAGGGAGAGCUCCAGUAAGCUGGACCCCAACCUGAACCCUGAGACGCAGAAGAAGCUGCAGGACAAAGUGGAAAAGUGCAGACAGGAAGCGCAGAAGACCAAGGAGAAGUACGAGAAGGCCCUGGAGGAGCUCGAUAAGUGCACGCCCCAGUACAUGGAGAACAUGGAGCAGGUGUUCGACCAGUGCCAGCAGUUCGAGGAGAAGAGAAUCGACUUCUUCAAGGAGCUGCUGCUGGAAGUGAAGAAACAUCUGGACCUCUCUACCAACCCCGGCUAUGCGGCGAUUUACCAUGACCUGGAAGACACAGUCAAUGCGGCCGAUUCCGACGAGGACCUGAAGUGGUUCAGAUCUAACCACGGCCCCGGGAUGCCGAUGAGCUGGCCACAGUUUGAGGACUGGUCGCUGGACCUGAACCGGACCCUCAGCAGGCGGGACAAGAAGAGGCCCAGCGAUGGGGUGACUCUGACAGGCAUCAGCCAGACCGGGGAGCAGGCCGCGCCGCCGGCCAGGAACAGCAGCAGUGUGCAGAAUAGCUCUGAACAGCCCAGCUUAAACCCCUUCGAAGAGGAGGAGGAAGAGGAGGAAACUGUGAAAGAAGAACAAAACAGCAGUCCAGUCAGUGAAAAAAAAGAGGAGGUUAAAACUAAAAACGCUGGCAGUGGGGAGAAGCCCCAGGACUUGUCCGACGAUGAGUCGGGGAACCCCUUCUCCGCGACCAGCGCCAACGGCAACGGGAACCCCUUCGAGGAGGAGCCGUCCCCCGGGAUAGAGGUGCCGGUCAAGGCGCUGUACGACUACGACGGCCAGGAGCAGGACGAGCUCAGCUUCAAAGCUGGCGACGAGCUGACCAAGAUCGGCCACGAGGACGAGCAGGGCUGGUGCAAAGGGCGACUGAAGGACGGCCAGAUCGGGCUUUACCCGGCUAACUACGUGGAAGAGCUCCAGUAACCGGGAGGAGGGGGGGGGGGAGCGUUUUCGCGAAAAAUGGUACAUUAUUUAGCUUCUCGUAAUCUUCCAAGGACUGCGGUGAAAGAGUGAACUGUGUACAUACAGAACACCAGAUGUUGCGCUGGUGCCCAGUGUUUGAUCUCCGGGUGGUGCUGAAGCAGGUCUCGCCGGGGCUCGGCUCUCAAGCGAGCGCGUCGAAUCGCUCGGCGAGGAUCGGCCGCUGCAUCGCAAUGCGGAGCAGACCGCACUAGACCUGUCCGCACGGGCACCGCAGAGCAGGAGCCUGGAGUUUGCUUUUGCAGGCCUUGUAAAUACGAUUUUAUGCUGUUUUGAAAUACCCUCUUAUUUUUUUAACGUAUAGUGUUAAUAUUGGUGCACGUGGAGCGCUCGGCGAUGGCUCUGUGCAGCGCUGCUGCGGCCGUGGUCUGUUCAGGUUGCCAAGAAGCACGGGGAGGCCCGUGUCAGCUGUAUGUCGUCUCCGCUUUGGGGUGUGAGGGAAUGAGUGUCUGUAUCGUGUUGCAGCUGCUCGUCUUUGAACUCCGUGCUGUUGGGGCCUGUGAUAAACUCUCCUCCGGGAGUCGCAGCUGCUGGGAGCACAUGGACCUUCCGGCUCAGGCUGGGUAUCCGUGUGGACAGCAUCGACACCGUACAAUACUUAUUUUAUCCCAAAUAUUACACAUCUGUUAUUUUUUUUUCUUAUUGGCAGUAAUGGGUAGCCUUUCAUUUCUGGCUGUAUGGCUGCGCUAGUACUUAAAUGAGCAAAUUUCAGGCCUCAAUCUAAAAAUAGUAACUGUUCUUAUAUAUAUAUAUAGGCUCAGACGAUUUAUUUUUAAAUGCCUUAUGUCUCCCUCGAUGCUGAAAUAUUUAUUGAGUCAGCACUGGACGUUUCAAGUGGUGCUGAUCACUAUUUUAGAAACUGUGGUAAAAGAUGUUGAAAGAACAACAAUGAAUGUUUUCACUUAUAUAAAGUAUUUUCACUUGUAUAUAACAAUGAACAACUAGAAAUUUGGGGUUUCUUUUACAUAUAAAUCAAAGAAAGAUAAUUUAUACCAUCUUUAGCCGCUUCCUUGAUGUUUGUAGAAUGCUGUGAUUUAAGUCAAUUUGUAUAGUAGUUGAAUAUUUUUAUUAAAUGUCAUGAGUGAUUGGGUUAUCUUACUACUUGUAAAUACACAUUUGUUUCUCAGAGGGUAAUGUCAUGGAAUCAAUAAAUUUAAGAAACCCAUGAGGGUUACAUUUCAUUUUUUAAUUAUAAAUUAAAUUUAAUGCAUUUGCUAUUGUUCUCACAGUUGUUAAUUAUAUUUCCGCUUUAAUUACUUAUGUAUUCCUGUUUUUCUUCCUCCUCUUGCUCCUAAGAAAUAUUAUUUGUGAAUUCGAGCUAGCAACGUUUUUUGCCAUUAUUUGAAAUGAAAGUUUCUCCGAACAUGCAACUGCAGGCGUUUUGGAAGAACAUGUAGUAUCAGCACCUUGUAAGAAUGUAAUUAAAAAUUAAGCUACACUUGCACAGUUCUUUUUGUAAAUGGCUCACUUUUAUCAUAAAAUAAAAGGAUUGCAAAAGGU